GGUAAAGUAAUGUGGCUGUCAGGACUCCAUCUCCCAGAGUCCUACCUACCUGCCCAGGUGCAAGUGAGGAUGCAGUCAGCGACAGACGCUCAGUUUACAGCCUGGUUAGUGAUGAGUUCUGAAGACUGCUGGUCUUUGUUUACCUGCAGGAGUCCAGUCCGUACCUGGAGCGAGCAGACUGGGAGGUGGAGGAGGAUUCGGACUGAUAGAGGCCUGAGGCUGCAGAAUAUGGACCACGGCUUUGCAGAGGAAUGUCAUGGAUACAGAGCUGGAUGGAGUUAGAUGUGGACCUGUCCAGAACCAUGCACCUCCCCCACUGGUGCUGCAGGGAGUCUUGGUUCUGCCUCACAGAUCCUGGAACUGGUGUCCUCAUACGGUCACUAAGACUGUGACCUGCCAGGUACAGAACGGGACGAUCCUCCAGCGGGUCUACCAGACGUGCCGCUGGCCACAGGGAUGCACGGGAGGCAGCUACAGGACCGUCGUCAGACCUUCGUAUAAACUGGUGUACCGCACUGUGACCUCUCUGGAGUGGAAGUGCUGUCCAGGAUUCAGCGGCGCCGCCUGUGAAGAAGAAGCAGGGAACCAGCUCGUCGCCCAAGAGGCAGUAAGGAAACCAUCGACGCUGCGCCGCCCGCCUGCACGCUCAGGGGACGCGACCUCCAAUUGUCUCAACUGCAGUCGAAUCACAGCUCUGAGCGACAGACUGAACUCUCUGGAGACGAAGGUCCAGUUACUAAGUGCCCCGGCCACCGUAUCACAUCGCCACCUUCAGGGUAAAGGAGGAACGGCACCGGAGGCCUCGUUACUGAUGGGGGCUGUGCCCGCUCAGGGAGCUCCUGGUGAGCAGGGCCCUGCAGGUCCUCAGGGUGAGAAGGGGAGAGACGGGCUUCCUGGCAGAGACGGGAAGCCGGGGUCUCGAGGGCUGCCGGGUCCCUCUGGGCCUCGUGGGGAUGUCGGGACGAGGGGCCCAUCUGGAACCCCUGGAUCGAAGGGAUCCCCAGGUCCUCAAGGCCCCCGUGGUCCACCAGGACUCCCAGGAGAGAGGGGUCUACCAGGCCCGCCCGGCCCUCCGGGUCCUCCAGCGCCUGCCAGUGCCCACAUCCCAGAGCCGGACCACACUCGUGGAAAAGACCCUUUUUACACCAACACCUUCCACGACCCACGAGGGUCUCCUGUUCCAGGGCCUCAGGGUCCCCCCGGGCCUGUCGGUCCUCCAGGUCCCAGAGGCCCGUUAGGACCUCCUGGCCCAUCAGGACAGAAUGGUAAACCUGGAGCUCCGGGAGCUCACGGCCCUGUGGGGCCGAAGGGAGAGCGCGGGGAGAGAGGUCCUUUAGGUUACCCAGGAGAGCGGGGCUUCAGAGGCGAGCCGGGAACGCCGGGUCUCAAGGGAGAGCCGGGAGAGAAGGGCUUGCCGGACGUUAGCUUGCAGAUGUUCCACGACUUGCAGGCAGACCUUGAGCUUCUGGCUCGCAGGGUGACGCUGCUGGAGGCUAUCAUCUGGCCAGAGCCUGAUCUAGGGUCUGGGGAUGGACCGUUUGGCACAGUCUCCCCUAGUUUCUACAGAGAUAAGCGAGCAGGUGUGCUUCCAUAUCGACUUGCUUCUCCUCUGUCCUCCGACACCAAGGUUCGAGGGAAGUAGCUCCCCCCUCCCGCUCACCCUGAGGAUCACGGGCUGGGUUGACUCCCCCCUCCUAUAGGUCUCAUCGGCACUCAACAGAUUUAGACCUUAUCUGAUACCCUCCGUGGGCUUUGCCGUCAGAUUUAGGAUGGGGGGACACCUCAGGGAAACUCCACAAUGCUCUCCUCCAUCGGGAACCUGAGAACUAGCUCGACCCCCCACCACCACCACCACCACCACCACCUCACCCAUCUCCAUAACCAAACACUUAUCUUCCCAUAACACACCCUGCAGCUCCUCCUGCGUCUCAUGUCUUUGGCUACAGAACUAAAAAGCCUCAGAGUAAAGAUGUAUGAAAACAAAAACAAACAAAAAAAAAAGGAAACUCUCACUCUUCUGCGGCGCUCCUCGAGCCACGAGUUCUGGACAACAAGGGUCAUUUUAGAGUAACAAAUUCAAGGAGGAAUCAGUUGUGAGGAAACAGACUGGAUUUGAGUUUGUAUUGCUUUUCACAAUGUUACUGCAACCUGAAGAGAUUCCACUAUUUAAGUAUAUUGCGCAUGUACAGUUUGCAGACACAAGUACACACACAAAAAACACAC